AUGAUGAGUCCUCCCAUGCAAUGCUACCUGAAGGAGUCAAUGAAGCUAAAAAGGCAAAAAAUGUCAGAGAUUACAUAAAAAUUAACUCCUAGUAGAAAUAGCAGAUUGAUAAAUGCUCUAAGUUUUACUUACAAACUUGAUUUAAAUGCUAUUCAGUAGAAAAUUGAGAAGAAAAAAGCUUAAAAUAACUAUACAUCAAUACAUUCUGUAUAAAAUAAAGCAAAUAUUGGAAACAUACUGUCAUCUAGAAAAUUGAGUUCUAAUAAGCGAGCUUGUUAUUAUGAGACUGCGUCUUAAGAUGAGUUGAUUGACGAUGAAGAUAUUAGAAUUAGAUAACAAUAAGACAUAGUGAAGAAUGAAAUAGAACUAUAAAGAAGAACUUUAUUAGGCUUCUACAAGAAGUGCUUCAAAAACUAUUAGCCAUCGAGGAAUUUGCUUACAAGAUCUUCAUUAAGUGAUAAGUAUAACGAUUAUACUUCAAAUCCAAUCAUUAAUGAAGCUUAUAAAACCCAGAGUGCUUCAUAAUUACCAAAAAUAAAAACUGGCACACCUCAUUAAUAAACAUCUAAACUACCUUUAAAUCAGGACCAUCAUUCAAUUCUCAGUAAAAAAAUGUCUAUACAAUCAAAUUAUCCCAAUUCACAAUCCUCGAAAAUGAUUUCACCUGAUAUAUCUUAUGGGAUUCAUUAAAAGUUGGAGAGAAGAUAUCUUUCAAAUAGCAGAAAAAGUUCAAUUUUCAAUGAUAAAAUCUAAGAAAACAAAAUAAAUAUGUAGCAUUUUAAUUCUAAUGCAACUUACUUUGGAUUCUAAUGA